CGUCGUGUUCGGACCAUGGAUUCGGACGAGAGGAAACGUGGCGAGCCACAUGGGCGCCAGCAAGACGAUGGGGGCAAGGCUGCUCUUCUUCCUUCCCCUGCACUUGCACGUCGCCUCGGUCCUCGUGUGGGCCACAACGUUGGCGGUCCAGAUGUACGUGAGGAGCGGCACCGACCUCGUCACGACUACCGGCGCGAUGAAUAUCGGCGCGCUGACGACUACCGGCGCGCUGACGACUACCGGCACUAUCGGCACCCUGAAGACCGACGCUAUGACCGCGGAGACCGGCAUGAGGACCGGAGACGCGAGCCACUGCGACGCCAGCGCGAGGACUCCUUGGCUUCCGACCAGCCGCGCAAGCGCGGCAAGUACUACGGCAAUGCCGACGAGGAGGUUGUGAAGCACAUCGACCAAGUUCGGGAGCGGUGGCAGCCAAAGUUUGAUGACGUCGCGUCAAAUCCACACAUCCUGCAGGUCAAGCUGAACCCAAAAGCCCGCUACGUGUCGCACACGGACCUCCCAUUCGUUCGCACCCUCACGGACGAAUCCCCACGCAUGCCGUAUCGUCGGCGUCGACAUGAAACCAAGACAGUGAUCCACUGGGGACAGCGGAAGUUGCUGCUGAGCGAGGUUGAAUUCCUGGUCCGCUUUGGCCACCUUUCAAAGAAAGUCGUGUACGCCGGCGCAGCGCCCGGGACACACAUUGUGCAGCUGGCUCGCAUGUUCCCUGACCACCGGUUUGUGUGUGUUGACCCGUCGCCAUUUAAUGACUCGCUCAAGGCGUGCAAGCAACUCCUUCUGCGCCAGGAGCCGUUCACGGACGACCUGGCGCACGAAUUCGAGGGCGAAAACGUCCUCUUCAUCUCCGACAUCCGCUCCGUGGACCCAGACCUCGUCACAGACAAGGAGACAGACAAGGCCGUGGGUGGGGAUCAGGCUGCGCAGAUGCGCUGGCACGACAUCAUGCGCCCUGUUGCCAGCAUGCUCAAGUUCCGCCUGUCCUGGAAACCGGGCAAGACGGAGUACCUCGAUGGCGACAUCUACCUGCCCGUGUGGGGUCCCAUCACCACCACGGAGGCGCGUCUCAUGGUCACCGGCCACGACCGCCGCAUCUACGACAACCAGCAGUAUGAGGAGCAGAUGUUCUACUUCAACACGACGGCGCGCGUCAGCCGGUACGACCACGGCGUGAGGACAGAGGGCAUCGACUACUGCUACGACUGCAAGGCCGAGAUUGAGAUCCUUCGCGAGUACUUGAUCAAGGUGUGUGGCGCUUCGCCAGAUGACCCCGGCCUCGAUGCCCGCAUUGGCACCAUGACACACGAUAUCUCGCGCGGUAUUGGGGGACGAACGCUCCGCGACGCCAACGCGGACCCCGGCCAGCGCAAACAGUCCAUCAUCAAGAAGCAGUGGAUUGACGGCCGCCCAGCGUACAUGGAGCGCCCAAAGCACGAGCCGCAAUACUCAGGGGCUGCGCAACGCAUGAUGGAGCGUCAAGGCUAUGUCGAAGGUGCUGGUCUUGGUGCACAGGGCCAGGGCAUCCGCGCCCCAAUUGCACCGGAGGCGCAGCAGGGCACCCGCGGUCUUGGCUUCACCGCCCGCGGCUUCAGCUUUGCGUCGGAUGAGAAGAAGAAGAGCGGCACCUCGCAGCCGUUUGUGUUCAAGGCAGGCCCUCCCCUCUUGCCAAACCCAACAGGCAGCAGCAGCAGCAGCGCCAGUGCUGGCGGUCGUGGCACUAACAAGGACACUGGCCAAAGCGUGACCCCUUUCACGAGCAGCAAGGUCGGCGACCUUGGUCGUGCAGAUGCACAGUCAUCGGCAUCAUCAGCAAAGUGCGGUGAUGCAAAGGAGGAAGCCGCCACUGCCGCUGCCACCGGUGAUGCCGAUGGUGGUGGCAACCAGAAGAGCGGCCAGUCCGAGGUGGAAGGCGAUGAGCCAUCGGCUUCAGCUCCAGCUUCCAAGGACGCAGGCGCGGCGUGUGACGACGAGCCUGCAGAGAAGGCGCACGACGCUGCAACGCCUCAAGCCACUGCCUCGCCUCACGAUUCAGGGGCGCCGUCCAAGGAAGGCGAUACGCUGUGACUUGCCAUUGUUCCUUGUCACCGCUCCUCUUAGUGCUUGCCUGAAAGAUAUUUACUUUGCCUGCCUGAACUCUUUGAUUGCUCUCGAUGGCGUGGCAGCUGCUGUCGUUGUAAACGUUCCUGCAUACAGUACCUGGCCCGUGCUCUCGUGUGUUGUUGCCGUACCGACC